UAUAGAAGUGAAGUGAUGGGAUUUUCGUUAGUUUUUGUAAUAAAUCAAGUUUUGAUGUUUUGAUAGAAAAUAUUUUUGAAAGAUAUUGAUAUUUAUUAAUGGUAUAGCGAUAUUAAAAUUGUCAGGUUUCAAUAUGCUUCAUAUCAUAUGAAAUUUGAAAGUUUUCAUAGACAUUGUAAUAUUUCAAAGAAAUGACAACACUACAGAAAGCAAUUGAUUUGGUAACUAAAGCCACUGAAGAGGAUAAGAAAAAAAACUAUGAAGAAGCCUUCAGACUAUAUGAACAUGGCGUCGAAUAUUUUCUCCAUGCUAUUAAAUAUGAAGCCCAAAGCGAUAAAGCUAAAGAAAGCAUUCGUGCAAAAUGUGCUCAGUACCUAGAAAGGGCUGAGAAAUUAAAGAAAUAUCUUAAAGAGAAGCAAAAGAAGAAACCUAUUAAAGAUACUGAUGGAGGACCUCCAUCGAAGAACAAUGACAACAAUAGCAGUGAUAGUGACAAUGAAGAUCCUGAAAAGAAAAAACUUUUAAAUCAGUUAGAAGGAGCAAUUGUUAUUGAAAAGCCUAACAUCAAAUGGUCUGAUGUUGCUGGUUUGCAUGGCGCAAAAGAAGCCUUGAAAGAAGCAGUAAUAUUGCCUAUAAAAUUUCCUCAUUUGUUUACUGGAAAGAGAAAGCCCUGGAAAGGGAUAUUACUCUUUGGGCCUCCAGGAACAGGAAAAUCUUUUCUAGCAAAGGCAGUAGCAACCGAAGCUAACAAUUCAACAUUUUUUUCUGUAUCCUCCUCAAAUCUUGUUUCCAAGUGGCUUGGAGAAAGUGAAAAAUUGGUGAAGAAUCUUUUUGAGAUGGCUAGACAGCAGAAACCUAGUAUUAUUUUUAUUGAUGAAAUCGAUUCACUGUGCAGUUCUCGUUCAGAUAAUGAAUCAGAAUCAGCCAGAAGAAUUAAAACCGAAUUUCUUGUACAGAUGCAAGGUGUGGGCAAUGACAAUGAUGGAAUCUUAGUACUAGGAGCUACUAAUAUACCUUGGGUUUUAGAUGCUGCUAUUCGCAGAAGAUUUGAAAAAAGGAUUUAUAUUCCUUUACCAGAUGAGAUUGCAAGGCUUGCUAUUUUUAAAUUUAACAUUGGUAAUACACCCCACAGCCUAACCGAAGAAAAUUUCAAAGAACUUGCAAGAAAGACAGAUGGUUAUUCUGGAGCAGAUAUAUCUGUACUCGUUCGGGACGCUUUAAUGCAGCCUGUAAGGAAAGUACAGACUGCCACUCAUUUCAAACGAGUAUCUGGCCCUUCUCGAUCUGAUCCUAAUGAUAUAGUUAAUGAUCUACUCACUCCAUGUUCACCUGGCUGCCCAGGAGCUAUAGAAAUGUCUUGGGUGGAUGUUCCAGGAGAUAAAUUACUGGAACCUGUCAUUACCAUGAGUGAUAUGCUACUGUCAUUGAGUUCUUCAAAACCUACAGUAAAUGAAGCAGACCUAAUAAAGUUGGAAGAAUUCAUGAAAGAUUUUGGUCAAGAAGGAUAAAAUAAGGGGCCUUUUUAGAAUCAAUCCAUUCAGUUAUUGUAAAUUUUGAAGCAUGACGUCCAUGAAGUGUCAAGCACUUAGUUAAAUCCUACAUUGUCACUGGAAAUAUAUAUUCUACAUAGUGGAUGCUAUAUAAACAAUUUUUCUUCAAAAAAAAUGCUUUCUGGGUUUUUUUUAACUUGUUUUUUGGUAGAUAAAAUGUGUUAUUUCUUACUCAUUGCAUUUAUUUUUCAUCGUUAGGAGCAACUACAGCUAUGAGCAGUAUAAUCAGUGAAAGAAACAGGAGUGGAUAAAUAAAAAAGGAUAUAAAUUUUUGUAAAUUAUGUUGAAUAUAUUUAUAUGUGUUAUUAAUUCUGAAAAUGGCAUUGAGUUGAAUGUAAGCAUUUUUGCUUAAUUUAAAAUUUUCUUGUUGAAAAUUUAGCAUUGCUUUUAUAUUUCUCAAUUGUAAUAAUUUCUUGUAUAUGUUUCAUAUGUGUGUGCAAUUAUGAUUUUAUUUUUUCACCAGUUAAAUAAAAAUAGCAAAAUAAAUUGAAACGUUUCCUUCUCAGCAUAGGUUUGAAUAUUAUCUUGAUUUGUUCUCUAUUCCCUUGUACUUUAACAAUAAAAAUAUAUAUAUUUGUUA